CGGACGGUUUAUUCCAACUUCUUCUUUGCUAGACACUCCCGCGUGCUCUUCAAAUUUGUUUCUGUCAGAUGAUCCAAUAUUAUUCUCGAAAUCAUGGAAGGUCUCGCCCUGCAAGUGCGGACAAUGGUUCUUCCCUCCUUCAAUCGCUCUGGUCUCAUGCGCCUUGGGCAAAUAGCUGAUUCUUGGCUUGUUGCCUUGGGACCAGGUGAUGGUUGCAUACAAGUACAAAUCCACUGAAGUUUCAUGUCCGCAACACGUGCACAUCGAAACAGUCGAUUCUCAAACUUAUGAUCAUUCGUAUUCGACUUGGCUUACUCCCGCAGAAGCUUCUCGCUGAACCCCUCAUGUCAAGGGCCCUGGACCUGGAGUAGACGCGUCAGAUGUGCCUGCAUGUCUGCAGAUCAGGUAGGGGAAAGAGAAGGAAUAUGUAAGGGCCAGGUGUGCCCACUUACCGCUUCUCUUCCGGCUACAGAGAUCCAAAUCCCAGAAAAAUCACCAGUUCUCUCGAUCCGAAUUUCGAGUGCGACCAUCAAAUCUUCCACAUCCAACUUCUAUCCUCCACCAUAACCAUAAAACAUUUAAAACGGCGUUCGAGGACCCCAUCAUGUCGACAAUUGAGUGCCUGCUCCACCCUCACCACAUUUCGCUGGUUGACACGCACUCAUUGCGCGCCAAGCUCAAGCAUGCAGGAGACGCCUACUACAACGUUGACGGUUUGCCAUCGCACCGUGGAGUGCUCGCUCCAAAGUUCGAUGUUUUCGAAUUGGAUGGGGGCACAACGGGAUGGCUUCUUGUUGGCGACCUGCCAGGAGUCGAGUCUACCGAUGAGAUCAAGAUCGAGUGGCUCGAUGCUAGCACCAUCUUUCUCCGUGGAAAAUUGGCGACGGCGUCGAUACCAACUUUUGGCGAAACCGAAAGCAGGGUUAUGAAAACUGUUCAUAAAGAGAGACACGAAGGACUCUUUGAGCGUUCUGUCACGUUGCCUGCGAAGGCGGACGCCAACGGGACGAAGGUAGAGGUGAAGGCCGGAGUUGUCUUUGUUAGAAUCCCCAAACAGGCUUGAGGGGUGAAUGGGUUGAAUGAAGUUGUAUGCUCGAGGGUAGUCGGCGCGACAACCAAAGGUCAAAGCGGUCUCCGCUUUUAUUUUGGGGGCGUGUUAGUGUUGUUAUCAACUGGAAGCUUUAUUUUUAUUCCAUUAUGCAUCUCUCGUCG